AUCGCAUACUAAAGAAUCCAUUUACUCAGGUUUUCACCAAUUUCUCGCACUGCCUUCACCCGGGAAGGGGAAGUGACGUACUUCCGGUGUGAUGGCGGCACGGUGGCGCUUUAGGUGAUGCGUGGAGACAGCAAAAGGAAACUGUCAAGGAAAUCAGACCAUUGAGUGUGUGUGUCUUGAACCAACUGGAGGAGUCGAGUUUAUUUGGUCAGCUGACACUUGCAAAUAAAAGUAGUAUGGCCCACGUGAAAGGCCGGACUAAGCUGACCCUGUCAGUAGAUUCUUUCCUGUGGCUGUCUGCGGUUUGCUGCUUUGGGAUCUGUGUUCAUUGCUGCAGCACUCGUCUACAGCAUUCCUCUGGUCAUGACAGAAGGGAGAGCCACAAUUCAUACCACCGGAACUCCUCCCCAGAAGACAGGCAUGCAGAACAAGAAAGAUCCCCCCGGGAUAGAGAUUACUCUGAUUACAGCCGGUCAGACCAUGAGCGUUCAAGAAGAGGGUAUUCUUACGAUGACGGCGUGGAGUCACGAAGGGACCGAGAAAAACGCAGAGAAAGAGAAAGAGAUGUGGAUCGGAAAAGGUCCCGGAAAUCCCCAUCUCCUGGAAGAAGGAGCCCAGAACGAACUGUAACCCAGAGCUCUACUCAGGAAGAACCUGCCAUGAAGAAGAAGAAGGAUGAGCAGGAUCCACUGCUCACCCGAACUGGGGGAGCGUAUAUUCCUCCCGCAAAACUCAGGAUGAUGCAGGAGCAAAUCACAGAUAAGAACAGCUUAGCCUACCAGAGGAUGAGCUGGGAGGCCCUGAAGAAAUCAAUCAAUGGUCUCAUUAACAAGGUCAACAUCUCCAACAUAAGUAUUAUUAUCCAAGAGCUCCUUCAAGAAAACAUAGUCCGAGGGAGAGGCCUGCUGUCCAGGUCUGUUCUGCAGGCGCAGAGCGCGUCUCCAAUCUUCACUCAUGUCUAUGCAGCUUUGGUGGCAAUUAUCAACUCAAAAUUUCCACAGAUUGGAGAAUUAAUCCUCAAGAGACUAAUUCUUAAUUUCCGGAAAGGAUAUCGAAGGAAUGAUAAGCAACUUUGCCUGACUGCUUCUAAAUUUGUGGCACAUCUUAUUAACCAAAAUGUGGCACACGAGGUUCUGUGCCUAGAGAUGCUCACCUUGCUGCUGGAGAGACCAACAGAUGACAGCGUUGAGGUAGCUAUCGGCUUUCUCAAGGAAUGUGGCCUCAAAUUAACCCAGGUGUCACCAAGAGGCAUCAAUGCUAUCUUUGAACGCCUGCGAAACAUCCUACAUGAGUCUGAGAUUGACAAAAGAGUUCAGUACAUGAUUGAAGUGAUGUUUGCUGUGCGGAAGGACGGAUUCAAGGACCACCCCGUUAUUCUGGACGGGCUUGAUUUAGUGGAAGAGGAUGAUCAGUUUACCCACAUGCUCCCCUUGGAGGAUGACUACAAUCCAGAAGAUGUUCUUAAUGUUUUCAAGAUGGAUCCUAAUUUUAUGGAGAAUGAAGAGAAGUACAAAGCUAUUAAAAAGGAAAUUCUUGAUGAAGGAGACAGUGAUUCAAACACAGACCAAGAAGCUGGAAGUAGUGAAGACGAGGAGGAGGAAGAGGAGGAUGAAGAAGGAGAAGAGGAGGAGGAAGGACAAAAAGUAACUAUUCAUGACAAAACAGAAAUCAAUCUAGUCUCAUUUCGCCGUACAAUAUAUCUUGCUAUUCAGUCAAGUUUAGAUUUUGAAGAAUGUGCACACAAGUUGUUGAAGAUGGAGUUUGCGGAGAGCCAAACAAAAGAACUCUGCAACAUGAUACUUGAUUGCUGUGCCCAGCAAAGGACCUAUGAAAAAUUUUUCGGCUUGUUAGCUGGGCGGUUUUGCAUGCUAAAAAAAGAAUACAUGGAAUCAUUUGAAAGUAUAUUCAAAGAACAGUACGAUACCAUCCAUCGCUUGGAAACAAACAAAUUGAGAAACGUUGCUAAGAUGUUUGCUCACCUUCUAUACACUGAUUCACUUCCAUGGAGUGUUCUUGAAUGUAUAAAGCUCAGUGAAGAAACCACUACAUCGUCUAGUAGAAUUUUCGUCAAAAUCUUUUUUCAAGAACUGUGUGAAUACAUGGGUCUUCCUAAACUGAACGCGAGGUUAAAGGAUGAAACUCUGCAGCCAUUCUUUGAAGGACUGUUACCUCGAGACAACCCACGGAAUACCCGCUUCGCCAUCAACUUCUUCACCUCCAUAGGUCUUGGAGGUUUAACGGAUGAACUGCGAGAGCACCUGAAAAAUACACCCAAGGUCAUGGCCCAGAAACCAGAAGCCGAGCAAAAGAAACCCGCCCUGACCUCGUCGUCUUCAGAGUCCUCCUCGGAGUCCGAGUCCUCUGACUCAGAUUCCGACAGCAGCGAGAGCAGCUCAGACUCCUCCAGUGAAGGAGGCGGCUCCUCGUCCUCGAGCAGUCAGAGCUCCGUCUCAGCUAAAGAUACAAGAAAGAAGAGACAAGGGAAGACCAGAAGUGAAGAAGUAGAGAAAGCAGCCAGGGGCCAGCAGACACGUGACAGGAGGCGAGAAGAAGGAAGGGAGGAGCAAAGGCACCAGGAAGGGAGGUCUGAGGGAGCAAGGUCUGAGAGACACAGAGCGCAUGAGUCCCGAAAUGCCGACUGGAGGGAUCCUGUGGCAAAGCCCAUGGCGGACAGAAGGCUUCCUUCCCAAGAAAAUAGUUACAGUAGAGUUCGGAAUGGCCGAGACCAAGACGUGCACAGAGAGCUGCAAGACAAGCAUGGUGAGCCGAAGGAGAAGCGACGAGAGAGGAGAGAUUCUUUUUCUGAAAAUGAGAAGCAAAGACCCCGAAGUCAGGACAGUGAAAGUGUCAGGAGGAAAGAUCGCUCCAAGUCAAGGGACAGGAGCAGAAGACAUUCGGGCCAUAAGAGUGAUGAUGACAGGUAUCAGAACGGUGCUGAGAGACGAUGGGAGAAGUCUAGCAGACACUCUGAACAUUCUAGAGACUCCAAGAGAAACCAGGACCGGAGGAGAGAAAAGUCUCCGAGACAAAGAUGAUCCUCAUGACAGCUGUACACGCCUUACUUCCCUUCCGACGUCUUUUUACACUGAUGGAUUUUAUAGAGAACUCUGUAUAAAGGACCUCUUUGUAUCUGUAUAUUUUGAAGAUGUUUUCUUUUUGACAUGUUUUAUAAUUGAUGUAUCUCAAAGUCCUCUGUAAAUCAUAAAGGGUCUCAACAGAGGGACUUAUGUUUUGUGAAUAAAAGGAACAAAUGCUCAU